CCUGCCCUGCCCCGCCGGGAGGGGGAGGGCGCACGGGAGGAAGGAGGAAGCCGCCAUCUUGGAGCGUCGAGUCGCCAUAACAAGGCACCAAGCGGCAGCGAGAGGAUUUUGUACCUGGGCGAGAGGGAGCGCGGCUGGUGGCGAUUGAAGCAAGUGAAUUCUGAUACAACUCAACUUUGUUAGAGGGCUUUUUUUUUUUACAAAAAAAAAGGUUGAUCCACAGUGCAUCAGAGCAAGUUACUACUUUACUUUUGAGUGACUUACAGGUGCUUGCCUGCAUUGCAAUAAAGGACUCAUAUAUUGAGCAAGACUUAUUUAUCUCUUCAUUUUGGAGAGUCUAAUAAACUGUUAUUACAGUUUCUGUACUGACUUUCAAAGUUUUGAAGUCUAAAAAGACAUCUUUAAAAAUAGAAGCAUGAGCACGGCCAGAACAGAGAACCCUGUUAUAAUGGGUCUAUCCAGUCAGAAUGGGCAAUUGAGAGGCCCUGUAAAACCCAGCGGGGGCCCAGGAGGUGGAGGCACACAGACUCAGCAACAGAUGAACCAGCUGAAAAAUGCCAACACAAUCAAUAAUGGCACUCAACAACAAGCACAGAGUAUGACCACCACUAUUAAACCUGGUGAUGACUGGAAGAAGACUUUAAAACUCCCUCCAAAGGAUUUGAGAAUCAAAACUUCGGACGUGACCUCCACAAAAGGAAAUGAGUUUGAAGAUUACUGUUUGAAACGGGAGUUGCUGAUGGGAAUUUUUGAAAUGGGCUGGGAAAAACCAUCUCCUAUUCAGGAGGAGAGCAUCCCCAUUGCUUUAUCUGGUAGGGAUAUCUUGGCUAGAGCGAAAAAUGGAACAGGCAAGAGUGGAGCCUACCUCAUUCCCUUACUUGAACGGCUAGACUUAAAGAAGGACAACAUACAAGCAAUGGUGAUUGUUCCCACCCGUGAACUAGCCCUGCAGGUCAGUCAAAUCUGUAUCCAAGUCAGCAAACACAUGGGAGGUGCCAAAGUGAUGGCAACAACAGGAGGAACCAAUUUGCGAGAUGACAUAAUGAGGCUUGAUGAUACAGUGCAUGUGGUGAUAGCCACCCCUGGCAGAAUUCUCGAUCUCAUCAAGAAAGGAGUAGCAAAAGUUGAGCAUGUCCAGAUGAUAGUACUGGAUGAGGCAGAUAAGCUGCUGUCUCAAGAUUUCGUACAAAUAAUGGAAGACAUUAUUCUCACGCUACCUAAAAACAGACAGAUUUUGCUCUACUCGGCCACUUUCCCUCUGAGUGUACAGAAAUUCAUGAAUUCCCAUUUGCAGAAACCCUAUGAGAUUAAUCUGAUGGAGGAGUUAACCUUGAAGGGAGUUACUCAGUACUAUGCCUAUGUAACUGAGCGUCAGAAAGUUCAUUGCCUCAAUACGCUGUUUUCCAGGCUCCAGAUUAACCAGUCGAUCAUUUUCUGCAACUCCUCUCAACGGGUUGAAUUGUUAGCCAAAAAGAUCUCCCAGUUGGGCUAUUCCUGCUUCUAUAUCCAUGCUAAAAUGAGGCAGGAACACCGCAAUCGUGUGUUCCACGAUUUCCGAAAUGGCUUAUGCCGCAAUCUUGUUUGCACUGAUCUGUUUACCCGAGGUAUUGAUAUCCAAGCUGUGAACGUGGUGAUAAACUUUGAUUUCCCAAAGCUGGCAGAGACUUAUCUCCAUCGUAUUGGCAGAUCAGGUCGCUUUGGUCAUCUUGGCCUGGCCAUCAACUUGAUCACCUAUGAUGAUCGAUUCAACCUGAAAAGUAUUGAGGAGCAGUUGGGAACUGAAAUUAAACCCAUACCAAGCAACAUUGACAAGAGCCUGUAUGUGGCAGAAUACCACAGUGAACCUGUAGAAGAUGAGAAACAGUAACCAUAUGCGCUUUGACUACACAUGCCAGAAGGUGAAGCCCUUUGAUCCACAUCUGUGACACAUCAUUUCUUUGGGGAUACCCUUCUCUUUGUGGGUUUUUCUUCGUCUUUUCAUUUCGGAACUAUGAAGACUAAAGAGCUUGGCCUUUUUUCUUUUUAAAUUUGGCAGCAAGGAAGAAAGAAGAUGAAAGGAGGAACGUCUUUUUGUUUUUUCCACUUGUUUGCACUGUGUGCUGAUUGAACAUUAGUUGCACUAACUGCUGGUUUUAAAAUUUUUUCUUUGAGUGGGAGGGGCAGCAAGGGAAGAAGAGAAACCCUGGAAAGAGAAGAAUCUUGAUGAACACAAGCUUGUCUGCGAUUUCAAAUUCUUCAACCAUCGACUGAGUGCAUUUCAACUUCUCCCUGUUUACUCAUCUGUUUUAAAGCUAAAGAGCUUGUUACUUAUUCGUGCAAAGUGCCUUAUGCUAUGAGACCAUUCAGAAUAUCACCUUUCCGACACAGCCCAAGGAAUCAACAGCUGUUUUUGGUUUCAGGUCAAAGUUCCCCUCUCUUCCCCCUCUCCUCCUCCCCAAGUACUCAAGGCCAGGGCUGGGAGGUGAAACUUAUUGGUAAUACUACUUUUUUUUCAACUUUUUUUUUUUUUAAUUGGAGGAGUUGAUAUGCAUCUGCAGUUCACCCACACUGUAAAUACUGUAUUUAAAACAAAACCAACUUAAAAUCUGGGCUGAUUAGGUGCAGCAGCAUAGCUCCAGAAGGAAAGAGUAGCCUGUCAUCCUUUGCAGGAGCCAUAAGAAAAGCCCUAUGCUCUAGCAGAACACUAAAGACUGGUUUCCAUAAGUCUCCAUUAGUAGUUCCAGCACUUGAUAUGUAGACUUGUUUCAGAGCCAUGGCCCUCUUUCUUCUGGUGCAGUGUGUCCCAUAGAAAAUCAGAUGUGUAUAUUGUACAAACUUUGUAAAUAUUUUUUUUUCUGUUUGGGUUCAUAUAUAACUUUUUUUUUUGAUGAAGGUUGCUGGGGUUAAAGGGAUUAGACUGAUUAUGGGAGCAGCUAAAGAUGAGAGGGGCUCAGUUUUCUGCAACACUAAGCAAUGAGAAAUGCUCUGACCUCCCUGAAGAGCAGGCUUCCAAGUGUCCCUUGUCAGGUUUGUCAGGGUGGGUUUGCUCUGGUGCUAGCAACACUGUCCUGUACCGCUUGUAUGGAAGAGAUUCCUUGCAGGGGCUCUGAGGCCUCAAAAUCUGUUGCUUACAUUGUUCAAGAUAUUCUUUGAUUUCCCUCUUAGAAACGUCAGGAACUUCACAAGCUCUGAAGGGUGCCCUGACCUGUGUUCCACCUUCCACCAUGGUGUGAGGGAAAUCCAGCGGGUGUCAGUGUUGCUGAGCAGCAUAUCUAUAAGGCGUGGAUUUGGGUUUAAAAGAAACCAUAGAAAACUGAUCUAGAUGCAUAAACUGACAGUUCUAGAGCUUUAUUGGAUUGAUUUACUUCCUGCAGCAUUGUGCAUUUCCUGCCCAGAACAGCCUUUAUACAGACCUGUGAGCAGGUAAGGGUACAAAACCCCUGUUAAUGUCAGAAGCUACAGAAAGCUAUUUGCCAUCUUGUCUGUUUUGGCAUGACUUGCUCUCUGUCACUCUGCAUUGUAUAUUGCUGGAAAAUGCUUUCUGGUCAAAUAGUGUUGCUUUAAAUUGUGCCCCUCCCAACAUGCUUGAUGUUUGGCCUGAUCUACAGGCAAGAGGAGUGAGACAAAUCAAACUGUAAACUCUUAAAAUUCCCUUUUAGCCUGCUCAACAACAGUGUCAGGAGGCACCUGGAUGAAUGCAAUCCCUUUUGCUCAGUCAUUUAUUGCGUAUACAGAUGCUGCACUCACACCAUGCUUGCUUAUCUUAAGGCAGGAAUUGUCUUAAUUUUUCCCAUUUUGACACCCCUGCUUUUUUUUUCUUUUGAGUAAAAAUGUUUGGAACUAAAAGGCAGACUUAACUGUCCCAUUUCCUUGAGGAUCAUAAGUACAAAAUCAGGUGCCUCCUGACAACAACUUUACAAGAUGGAAAGGGUGUUUUUAUUAUUUUUUUUGUCAGCAGUGACUCCAUAAUUGUAGCAAAUGCUGCACUAGAGUACAACAAACUCAAGAGCUUGGUCACAGACACUCUGUGAGCCACACAGCUUACAUCUGACUGGCAGGUACUAAAUGUAAACAACUUUGGGGUGCUUUUUGGGGGUGGGGGGUGGGGUGGGAGUUUGUGGGUGGUAACUUUGACCAAAAGUAAAAUCUUGCUCUUGUACUGCAGCCAGCUUACGAUUUUCCAGAGAGACGAGAGGGAUCAUUUUAGUGCAACAAAGACAUGAAAAAAUGUAAAUAAAAGUUUUUUGUAUCUUACCAGGGCACACACAUGUAACAAGAACAGGAUAGCAGUGUUGAGUCAGAUGUGUGUGCUCUGCUUGGAUUUGUGGUAGGUUAGCCUGGUGCCAUGCUUUGAUGGUCCCUCUUUAAGCACAGAACUUUUAAAUGGAAAGUAUUACUUUAAACUCGGCCUCUAUUUGAGGAUUGGCACUUACCUAAACUAUCAGGGGCACCGUUUUUAGGUGGCUUUCAGUAAAGAAGGAAGCAGCCUAUUUUUGGUGCCAGUAGGCUAUCUCUAACAGAUGCAAUCUUGCAAAUGGAAAGAUGCUCCAAAUGACUAGGAUAAGCCUAGUUUAUUUUGUUUUGUUUUUCCUGCCCAGGAGUAAGGAGUGUGUGUAAGUCCUGGCUUUUUGAGAUUCCUUUUGAUCUCCUGUUGUUUUUCUAGUCACACACCAGCCUUUACAUUUAUGCAUUACUUGGAGCCAGUUUCUGCCUUCAGUGAUGAGCCCUAGGUCAAAUAAUUCCUCUGACAAAGAUAACAUUAAGAAUCUGAUGUAUUCUGCAUUUUCCCCCUGGAAGUCUAAAAAAGUCAUCCUCUGAAUCUGAAGAAAUGGAGUUUCACAACUGGGUGAAAUGGCUGUGAAGAGGGUGAUGCAAAUCUUCAGCCAACUUACUCCAGAUGAACUAACUAUAGGCUGGUCUCAGGAUUUGUGCUGUCAAGGGUGCAGUGCAGUUGCUGGAGGGCUUUCCUUGAAGGGAGGGGGGUGGGUUGGUCUCAAAUUCAUAUUUUAAUUUCCAGAAUGAGAUGGGAGCAUCUUUCCUUUGCCCUCUGGGACUUUUUUUGUGGGUAAGAACAUGGAAGUUCAACAUGAAUAUGUUGUAUGCGUGUUGGUAUCAAAUCAUCUCAUUCUGAUUGUUUGCUUUUUAUUUUACUUGGGAUAGGGAAGGGUGUCUGCUCCAAGGAUUUAAAAAUGCUUCACAUGCUUGUUUUUCAAAUGACUGAUAGGACUCAAACCUUGAGCAGAGAGCUGUUCUGUCAUGGUUUCUGUUCUAGAGGUUAUUGGGAUGCCAUGCCAUACCUGCUGAGCUGCCAUCACAGUGGUUCUUGUCCUGGUGCUGGACUUAGUAAUACUGCUGGGGUUGAGCAGCUGUUGGUUUCUGAUGGGGGUGAACUUUGUUCCCAGGAGCUCCAGCAGCAUGGCCACCAUUGUAAAGGUUGUGCAAAAGAAGUCCACACAAGGAGUUUUUCCAAUUGCUGUGAACUUACAGGUGUUUUUUUUUUUUUUUUUUUGAAUCACAGUUUCUCUUCAUGAUAAGUCAGGUCUCUGGACCAAAGAGCAUGCAUCUGAUCUUCAAAAUGAGGCUUUGGCAGAUUAUUCUGUAGGUUUUGCUCAGUUCACUGUUGCGUUGCUAAAAAUGUCUUUAUGUGGAAGCAUUGUUAAAUUCUGCUGUAGACAAAUAAAGGAAGGGUAAGGAGGGGUGGUGGGAGGGAUGGGUUUAUUAAGAUACAGCCUUGCUGUAUUUUAACCGAUAAUUAUGGGGAAGGGGUGUCAGGAUAAGAAAAUAGUCACUGUUCCCUUUAUAGAAAAAAACUGGAACUUUAUUUCAAGGAAAAAAAAAAAAAGAAAAAAAAACUUUUUGCAAUUCGUGUGGGAUAUCAUAAUCCACUGGUCCCUAGUUAAGAAGUUGGUACUUUGUUAACCAGUGAACAACAUGGAAUAGUCCUUGAAAAUAUUCAGGGGAGGGAGGGGUAAAUUGGCUUUCUGUUAAAUUGGUAAUUGGCUAAUUCUCCAGUGGAGCACAGAUUUUGUUGAGAAUGUGUUUUUCUCUGGAUAUGUACAUGGAUUGCAACACUGGCUUGUGAAGAGCUUCAUGAGUUCAGAGUGCAAAAAAGAUGAAUGGUAAAAUCCUGAUUUUGUUGAUUAAACUCAAUAAAAGCUCCCUGGAACUCCA